ACUUUAUCUAACUUCUUGUUUGGGGAAGGGAAAAGACCCAGCUGGGAAAGUAGAGCUGAAAUUGCUCUUGGGAUUGCAAGAGGUUUGUUAUAUUUGCAUGAAGAGUGUGAUACCCUGAUCAUCCAUUGUGACAUAAAGCCACAGAAUGUUCUUCUUGACAACAAUUUCACUGCAAAGAUAGCAGAUUUUGGCCUAGCAAAGCUACUGAUGAAGGAUCAAACUCGAACAAACACCAAUGUAAGAGGAACAAUGGGAUAUAUCGCACCAGAAUGGCUCAAGAAUGCACCUGUAACUACCAAGGUGGAUGUUUACAGCUUGGGGUCAUGUUGCUUGAGAUUAUCUAUUGUAGAAAGCACAUGGAAUUGCAUCCAGCUGAUGAAUCAAAGGAUGUGGAGUACACAAUUCUAACAGAUUGGGUUUUGAGCUGUGUCAGAGCUGCGAACUUAGAAGCCACUGUGAUUCAUGAUUCUGAACUUUUGAGUGAUUACAAGAGGUUUGAGAGGAUGGCUUUGGUAGGAGUAUGGUGCACAUGUUCUAAUCCAACUCUACGUCCAUCUAUGAAGAAGGUUGUUCAGAUGUUAGAAGGAACUGUUGAAGUUGAUGUUCCACCUCUGAUUGAUGCGCAAAUGUUUUAAUUUUUUAUUGUCUUCUGUUUAUGUUUCUAGUUUUGAUUUGCUGGAUUGUGAACUACUUCAUUUUGCAGCAUGAUUAAUAAAACUUCUAAAUUCUCUUUUGCUUAAA